UGGAGAUCUGGCUGACAGUCCACGUGCUUCUUCCUGUACACUGAGAGCGAGUGCUGAGUCGACCUGUACAAAAAACAUGCAACCAAGAUGAAAAUGUGGAUUUUCAUCCUGUGCCUGAGUAAUGAAUGGAUACAGACAGCUUCUGCUGCCAGUGUGACCCCAACUCCCUCGUCUCAACCCGCUACACCCACCGAAGAUGAGAGCACCCAGAUGGUGGAUUGGUUGAUCAAGUAUGGCUACCUGCCCCGGUCAGACCCCUCCACUGGGCAGCUACAGGCCUGGACAGCUGUCACUGACGCUGUCAAAGCCAUGCAAACAUUUGCCGGCCUCAAAGACUCCGGAGUUUUAGAUGAGGAAACACUGGUGCUGAUGAAGAGCCCACGCUGCUCCCUUCCUGACCAAGAUGGACCAUCCAAGUUACUGGUCCUCCAGCAGGGGAAGGAGAUACGGAGGAGGAGGAGAUCUGUCUCCAUGUGGACCCACAGGAACAUAAACUGGAGGUUGCAAUCCUACCCUUCUUCUUCACACCUGUCCAGGGAGAUGAUUCGUUCUCUGGUCUUCUAUGCUCUAAGAGUCUGGGUAGAGCCAACGUCGCUGGAAUUCCAUGAGGUGGGCAGCCCAGAGGCAGCUGACCUGCAGGUAGACUUUCUCCAAGGUUACCAUGGUGAUGGCUAUCCCUUUGAUGGAGUGGGUGGAGCAGUGGGUCAUGCUUUCUUCCCUUCAGAUCCUGCCAGGGCAGGAGGAGUUCAUCUGGAUGCAGAGGAGCAGUGGGCUUUCAGACAGCCAGCUUAUGAGGGCACGGACCUGUUUACGGUGUUGGUCCAUGAGUUUGGCCACGCUCUGGGCCUGGCCCACUCUUCGUCCCGCCACUCAGUGAUGAGGCCAUACUACCAGGGUCCUGUUGGAGAUCCUUUGCACUACCGCCUGGAACAGCAAGACCUGGAGCACAUCACUCACAUCUAUGGUAAAAGGAACCAGCUUCUGCUGACAGAUGCUCCUCGCCUUACAACAGAGCCUAAGCUGCACCACAGAGCCCAUCACCAUCAUCACAGACAUGGCCCUCCCAUAAAUCGCUGUAACACAAGCUUUGACGCUGUGGCAAAGAUAAGAGGAGAGACUUUCUUCUUCAAAGGCCUGACGGUGUGGCGGGUGAACGGUGGGGGUUUGGUGUCAGGGCGUGGUGCUGCGGUCAGGAGGCUGUGGAGGGGUCUGCCCGCUGACCUGCUGCGCCUGGACGCCGUGCUGGAGAGGGAUUCAGAUCACGCCAUCAUCUUCGUCAGCGGCUCCAGGUUCUGGCUAUUCAGGGAUCUGUCCCUUCAGGACGGCUACCCUCAGCCCCUGACUGCUUUCCGAAUGGGGGUGAGCCUGACCCGAGGACAGCCUGAUGAUGAGGAUGAGGCAGCGCCGGGAUCUGGGCACUGGGCCCUGGUGUGGGAUCCAGAGGAAGGACCUGUGUGGGGAAAAGUGGGAAACUUAGAGGAAGAAAAGCAGGAAGACAAAUGGAGCCAGCUUCUUAGGGACGGUGUCAGCGGCAUCACCACUGACAACGACGGUUCUGUUUAUCUGUUCAGAGGAGAUUCCUACUGGAAGUUCAUGUUUCCAGGCUCUGCACCGCAGGAUGGAUACCCACGAUCCUCUGCUGCAGACUGGUUGGACUGCAUCGACUCCUCGUCCCCGUCCGCAGUGGAUGACUUCUCCCUGUCUCUGUCUCCUCCUGCGGGAAGACAAGAGCUGCAGGAAACACAGAGGGAGGACGGGCAAGAUGGGGACGUGGGAGGGAACAGGAGGGACCGACAUCGCCAUACACCGAAAUACAGACAGGACAGCGAGACACACAUCUGGACACAGUGCACAUGCCAAAGUAAAGCACCAGGUGGCAGCAAAGCAUCUGGAUUGUUGAUUUGUCUGCUGGUGACUUUGUGUCUGACCAGGCUUUAGAAAAUCUCGUAUUCUAUCACAGUGUUUCUCAACCUUUUUGGGGCCAGCGCCCCCCAUUAUCCAUUAUCCAGGUCCCUCAUCGCCCCAUCAAAGAAUUUGUAGGCUACUUUGUACUGAAUAUUAUUUUAUUAUUA